AUGGGAGAUUUGAAGUACUUCCUUGGUCUAGAAGUGGCAAGAUCCAAGACGGAAAUUACUUUGUACCAGAGGAAAUAUGUCCUUGAUUUACUCAAGAAAACAGGAUUUGAAAGGUGCAAACCUGCCACCACUCCUAUUGAUUAUGGAGCAAAACUAAGUAAAACUACUAGGAAAUUGCUCGCUGAUUCUGGUCAGUAUAGACGAAUUGUGGGCAAGCUUUUAUAUCUAUCAAAUACUAGACCUGAUAUAAGCUAUGCCAUUGGGAAGCCAAGCCAAUUUUUGGAUUGCGCUACUACUGAGCAUUUGAAGGCAGCACAUAGAGUGUUGCGUUAUAUAAAGGGUUCUCCUGCUGCAGGCCUCUUCUUUUCUGCAGAUUUUGAUUUACAACUUACCGGUUUCUCUGACUUUGAUUGGGCUGGUUGCGUUGACUCUCGCAAAUCCAUCUCGGCAUAUUGUUUUUAUUUAGGACCAUCAUUGGUUACUUGGAAGAGUAAGAAACAACUAACAGUUGCAGCCUCCUCUUCAGAAGCAGAGUAUAGAGCUUUAGCUCUGGCCACCUAA